AUGCAGGGUGACCUGGACUGUGAGAGCAGUGGUCUGCAGGACCUGGAGUCCCAGAAGCAGGAUGCCCAGGAUAGGCUAGAAGAGAUGGAUCAGCAGAGGAACAUGCUGGAGGGUGUGCUCAACGACAUCAGGCAGAAGUGUCAGGACGAGUCCACGCUGGUCAGUUAGCAACACACAUAUUAUUAUGGUCUGAACAGGAAAAACUAUUGUCCCCACUUAUAGAGGCUUAUAACAUCUAAUUGAUGUACUGUAUGACUCCUGUUGCUGUCAGUUAGGGCCAGGAGUUUUUCCUGAACUCCUGGCAGGGCCAGGAAAAACAUAUGUCCCCAGUUUUAGGCUGUCUCUGGCGCUUAUCAUAUCUGAUUUACAUGGUAUUCCUGUAGCUUGGAUGGAUAGCUGUCUCUUUUUGAGCUGUUUUAUGAGUAGUUAUGACACUUUCUGUGUCUGUCUUUCAUCUCUCAUUUUCUCUCGACUUUCAUUCUUCCUUACCCGUCUUAUAUCUCUUUCUCUUCCCAUACAUUCUACUCUCCUCCUUUUUUCCCUCCUUCCAGAUCUCAUCCUUCCAGACCCAGAUCCACAGCCAGGAGUCUGACCUUCAGACUCAGGAGGACAAGCUGAGCCGGACCAAGUCUGACCUGAACAGACUACAGCAGGACGAGAACCAGCUAGAACAGAGCCUGCUGGCCGGACACAUGCAGCUGGACAGCAUCAUCAAGUCCCUCAAGGCCACGCAGGACGAGAUCAACCAGGUACGGGGAAAGAGAGAGAGAAGGUGCAUCGGUCAUUAUCAGGAUAUAGUCUAGAAACUAUGUUGGUAUAAUUUAAGUUAGUGUUUAGCACAAUAUGACGCAUGCAGCUAGACAGCAUCAUCAAGUCCCUCAAGGCCACACAGGACAUAGUCAAAUGUUGUAUUAAAUGAAGGUAGUGUUAAGUUUUGAGUAGAAUAUCACUUUAAUGUCCAUCCAGAAAAAGGAAAUGUUCCUUCUAAUGCUGUACUGAACAAAAAUAUAAACGCAACAUCCAAAAAUGUUGGAAGGUUGGAAUGGGCCAUCGCCAAGCAGCCUGGUGAGAAGGUGACAACAGUUGGUGCGAUUAUUCGCAAAUGGAAGAAACACAAAAUAACUGUCAAUCUCCCUCGGCCUGGGGCUCCAUGCAAGAUCUCACCUCGUGGAGUUGCAAUGAUCAUGAGAAUGGUGAGGAAUCAGCCCAUAACUACAUGGGAGGAUCUUGUCAAUGAUCUUAAGGCAGCUGGGACCAUAGUCACCAAGAAAACAAUUGGUAACACACCAUGCCGUGAAGGACUGAAAUCCUGCAGCGCCCGCAAGGUCCCCCUGCUCAAGAAAGCACAUAUACCGGCCCGUCUGAAGUUUGCCAAUGAACAUCUGAAUGAUUCAGAGGAGAACUGGGUGAAAGUGUUGUGGUCAGAUGAGACCAAAAUCGAGCUCUUUGGCAUCAACUCAACUCGCCGUGUUUGGAGGAGGAGGAAUAUUGCCUAUGACCCCAAGAACACCAUCCCCACCGUCAAACAUGGAGGUGGAAACAUUAUGCUUUGGGUGUCACGAUCGUUCAUUAACGAGUAGGACCAAGGCGCAGCGUGAUAUGUAUUCAUAUGUAUUUACGUACUGAACACACAACAAACAAAACGUGAAGUCCAAGGUAGACAAAAUAACAUACCUCACACGGAACAAGAUCCCACAACUGACUGGUGCCAAACGGCUGCCUAAGUAUGAUCCCCAAUCAGAGACAACGAGCUACAGCUGCCUCUGAUUGGGAACCACCCUGGCCAACAUAGAUCUAAACGAUUUAGAAACUAAACAUAGAAAUAAACACAACACGAAAUAUACACACCCUGACUCCUGAGUGGCGCAGUGGUCUAAGGCACUGCAUCGCAGUGCUAACUGUGUCACUAGAGAUCCUGGUUCGAAUCCAGGCUCUGUCGCAGCCGGCCACGACCGGGAGACUCAUGGGCGGCGCACAAUUGGCCCAGCGUCGUCCAGGGUAGGGGAGGGAAUGGCCGGCCGGGAUGUAGCUCAGUUGAUAGAGCAUGGCGUUUGCAACGCCAGGGUUGUGGGUUCGAUUCCCACGGGGGGCCAGUAUAAAAAAAUAUGUAUUCACUAACUGUAAGUCGCUCUGGAUAAGAGCGUCUGCUAAAUGACUAAAAUGUAAAUGUAAAUGUAAAUGUAAUGACUCAACAAAUAACCGUCCCCUGAGUCAGGGCGUGACAUUGGGGGUGUUUUUCUGCUAAGGGGACAGGACAACUUCACCGCAUCAAAGGGACGAUGGACGGGGCCAUGUACCUUCAAAUCUUGGGUGAGAACCUCCUUCCCUCAGCCAGGGCAUUGACAAUGGAUCGUGGAUGGGUAUUCCAUCAUGACAAUGACCCAAAACACACGGCCAAGGCAACAAAGGAGUGGCUCAAGAAGAAGCACAUUAAGGUGAGAUUAGGAGCACUCCCUUUAAGAGUGUGCUCCUAAUCUCAGCUCGUUACCUGUAUAAAAGACACUUGGGGGCCAGAAAUCUUUCUGAUUGAGAGGGGGUCAAAUACUUAUUUCCCUCAUUAAAAUGCAAAUCAAUUUAUAACAUUUUUGACAUGCGUUUUUCUGGAUUUUUUUGUUGUUAUUCUGUCUCUCACUGUUCAAAUAAACGCUACCAUUAAAAUGAUAGACUGAUCAUGUCUUUGUCAGUGGGCAAACGUACAAAAUCAGCAGGGGAUCAAAUACUUUUUUCCCUCACUGUAACUUUUUGGUCCACCAGCCACUGUGGCAGGUAGAUGAAAAAAUCUACCAGCUACUCGCAUUGUUUACCAGACAAAAUAUGUUUUUGCCAUAAUUACACCAAAAAUCACAAAUAAUUGAUGAGCAUGCUUUGUAAUGUUUCUAAAACAAGAAGUAUAUUACUUGUAAGAAGUAAUGUGGUAUAUUGAUCAAUUCCCCCUUUUUUUUUUUUACUGGACUUUUUUUCCCACAAAUAUUUUUCUUGAUAUUAACAACGUUUUAAAUAUAUAUUUUCAUAGACCAAAGUAUCAGCUAUCACACCAUGUAAAGAAACAACUUCUUAAUUUUACAUUCUUUCAUGAAAUGCAACUAAAUGGAUUGAUGUUAACUCCGUCAGACACUUUUAAAGACAUUUAAUGUUUAUGUUUAUUGUCCAACAAGUGUUUAAAGGCAUUUAUUGUUUAAUUCUAACAUUAGAUUAUUAAAAUGUGUAAUACAAAUCUCCAAACUAUUUUAUUUUUUUAUUUUAUAGCGCUAUAUAAUGCUCCAGGGCAUAUUUCGUUAGCAUUUUGGCAUGUUCUUCUAAAUUCAGAAAAGAAAACAACAUUUAUAAAGCAUAUAUUAUCCCUUAUAUCUAGCACAGCAAAUACUUUAAUAGUUUAAGCAUAUGUUGCAGAACAGUGAUUCAAUAUUCUUUGAGAAUAUUUACACAAAAAAAAGAUUUUAAGGGGUGACUGAGUUGACUUGCCACUGACGGAGUUGACAUCAAAUACACAAAACAGACUAUUAAUUGCUUCAAAAAUAAAAGUUCAAUUUGUAAAAUAUAUAAACUGAUUCAUUUGAAAAUCCCCAAUAAAAACAACCAUUCUAUUCGAUUUUUCAGCACUCUAACGGAGUUAGACAAAAAAUCUGAUGGAGUUUGUUUUACGGAGUUGACAAAAGUAAAAAUGUUCAUCUUCAUUCAAGUGUUAUACAAAGUAGCAAUUUUGUUUUUCCUCAGUUGCUUUAUGACUAUAAAACCUAAUUAAAAGAAACAUAUCUAAAACAAAAUUCAUAUCCUAUCUUAAUUUAUCAGGGGGAUGGGGUUGACAGUUUAUGGUUGUGACCAGGUGUUGGAACCAUUCCAACCAGCAAAAUCAAAUUCUGAACCGGUCAAACAAAGAAGUAACGGUUUAUAUCGAUUCUUUCUGUUCCUUUUUUUUUUCAGAGCAGCACCAGAAUUAA